AUGGUGAGAACUGAUCAAGGAAAACAAGAAGGACAUCAGUCUGCUAAUCAGAGUAAUCUUGAUGAAGACGAUUUAAACGAUGAUUCAAAUGAACUAAAGAAACCGAUUAUCCUAGAUCCAGACGAUAAAUUCCUUGGUAUAUCUACAAAUCCUGAUUUAUAUGAAGCCCAAAGUGUCAACUGUAUUGAAGAUAUACCUGAAUCACCACAACAAGGUCCAGUACCUAGUCUGUCAGACCUUAUAAAAAAUCGCAUUUUUCUAACUGAUUUUGAUCCAGAAUCACACUGGCUCGAGAUACAUGAUAAAGUUGUUGAAAAUGAAUUUGCCAGUGGUGAACACAGUCUACUCAUUUGUUAUAUGGCGCAUAAAGGUGAAUUAAAAUUAGAGUUUGAAGUGCCAAGAUUUUGGUGUAGUGAAAUUAAUUACUUCAUUUUCACAUCAAGUGUGGAUGGAGAAAAAGUAACUGUUGACAAUUUUGAUUUAAGAGUACAAUUUGGUAGUAUCUCUGGUCCAGCUAUUCAACGUUUAUUGAGUCUUAUGUCAUCAGUAUUUGCACCAAAUCUUUUUGCGAAUACAUCAUGGCCAGAAAGUAUACACAAUGAUUUUGCUUUACAUUUACAACGUUUCAUGUCAUCGUUAACUGAUGCCAGAUGGAAAUUAGAAAAUAAAACUGUUUUAUAUAUGCCUACAGAAGGUUUAAAUUUAUCACCAGAGGUUGCAGCUAAAAACAAAGAACUAGUUAAUCGAUUUGAAAUGAUUAUUAUUCAUUGGACAAGACAAAUUAAAACUGUAUUAAGUUCUCAAAAUACAACAGAUGAAGUUGAAGGUACUGGUCCAUUGGAUGAAAUUGAAUUUUGGCGCAAUCGUUGUGAAGAUUUAACAGGGAUUAGUUUACAGUUGGAUAAACCAACAAUUAAGCAUAUUACAGAUAUUUCAACGCUUGCAAAAUCAACCUACACCGCAGCUUUUCUAAAGUUAGCUGAUGAAAUCAAAGCUAAUACACAACAAGCACAGAAUAAUCUGAAAUUCUUAGAUACAAUUAAAGAAAUCUGUCAUCAUUUAGCUGAAUCACAUCCGACUGAAAUUCCAAAUAAACUACCACGUCUCAUCAAUAUGAUACGCAUGAUAUGGACUAACUCAAAGCAUUAUAACAAUAAAGAAGCUAUAACAGGAUUAUUUCGUAAAUUGUCCAAUGAGAUUAUAGCUAGAUGUUGCAGUAUUAUUUCAUUAGAUGAUAUAUUUAGUGGGAAAAUUGUUUCCAGUUCAUUAAAUUUAAAUCACUGUAUUGAUUGUUGUGUCCAGUAUAAAGAAAUUUAUGAUCGAAUACAGUUAAUGCAUUCACAUAAUUCAAAAAAACCAUGGGAUGCACAAAGAAAUAGCAUAUUUGCUCAAGUUGAUGCAUUCAUACAAAGAUGUCGAGAACUCUUAGAGAUAUGUGAAUGUCAAAAAGAUUUUGGUCGCUAUGAAGAAGGUAAUAAAACAGUAAUGCCAAUAUUUCAAGGGAUUCGUGGUUCAGAAAUUGAAAUUCUCUUGACAACGAUUGAACAAAUGUUUUCAAAAUUGAUGUAUAAUUUAUUUGAGAAACGUCAUUCUAUCCUGGAUGUGAAAGCUACAUCAUGGCACGAUGAUUAUAACCGUUUCAGGAGUGGUAUUAAAGAUUUAGAGAUAAUGAUGCAAAAUGCUAUCAACACAGCAUUUGAAACUGUAACAACUAUUCAACAAGGUGUUGAAAUAUUGGAUAUUUUUGCUCAUCUUCAAAAUCGUGAGACCAUAAGAAGAACUAUUGACAAUAAAACACAUGAACUGAUAUCACUUUUUGGAGAUACUUUAAAUCAAGUUAAGAAGGAAAUGACUCAGCGUGUUUACACUGGUACACCUGUACCAACUGAAGCACACUACAGUGGACAAGCUAUGUACUGGAAAUUUUUACGUCGUCGAUUGGAAAAGGAUAUGUUGGCUAUAGAUCAAGCAUUUUUCUUACCUUUAAUGGAAACUGAUUUAACAGAUCACCGCCAGCAGUGCAUACAAACCUGUGAAGCAUUAGAAGACCUGACUAGAAAAACAUAUAAUGAAUUCCAAGUAAUAAUUGAACCAGAUCCAUUAAAAUGUCUUGAAUCAUCUGUAUUAACCCGUAGUACACUGCAACCUGGCAUGCUUGAACCAAAUUUCAGUGGAACAGCAUUAAAAUUAUUAAAUGAAUUACACUAUUGGAGUCGACUGGGCUUUGAACUACCACCAAAUGCAAAUGAUGCUUAUCGACGAAGAUCAGAAUUACAUUAUUUACUUGAUAUUGUAUUAGUUGUUGUUCGAGAUUACAAUCGUAUCUUAAAUUCCCUAAACGAUGAUGAACGUGCCUUAUUCCGUGAACGUAUAAAAAUAUUAGAUAAGAAAUUGGCACCGGGUUUAGUUAAACUACACUGGACUGUAAAAGGUCUAGUUGAAAUGUUCGUUAAUGAUUGUCGUACACAAGCCUAUAGAUUACAGUUAAAAGUUGAUGAAUACAUGGCAGCAAAUGCAGAUAUUAAAGAGAACUGUGAACAGAUAGCACAAACUCUAUUGAUUAAAUUGGAGCCAAAUCGUGUUUAUGAAAAUACAGAAUUUGAUGACUGUCAGUCUGAACACAGAAGGAUAACAAAAGAGAAACUUAUUGCUAUGCAUGAAGAAAUUGUACAGAAAUUGCGUAAAGUUAGAGAGACAUUUGUUUCCGAAAGUGCUGACAUCCAACUUUACUGGACAAAAUAUACAGAGAAAAUGGAUCACUUCUGUGAAGAAGCUUUCAGAAUCAAUGUUAGAUCAUCAUUAAGUGAAUUGCAAAAAGCUAUCAAUGGUGAUGGAAGAAAUGAUCCUAAUCCUUUAUUUAAAGUUUCACUGAAUUUAGAUAAUGAUGUUUUAAUAUUCUCUCCAACUCUUGGACAAUUAACGCUUGUUGUAGCUUCGUUAGGAAGUAAAUUUGCAGAAAUCAUUUCAGUUAUUCCUCGUCUGCCUAAUUUACUCAGUGGAACAAAAUUUACAAAAGCGUCAAUAAGUGAGGUAAUUGCAACAGAUGAAGAAAUAAAUAAAAUACAAGCAAGUAUCAAACGUGGAAUGCAAGAAAUCGGUACAGCUGUUCAUGAACCAUUGAGUUACUGGGAUCAAUUUAGAGAAAUUUGGGAAUUGCCUAAAGAUGACUUCAUACAAAGAUAUCGACAAUUAAACCCACAUGUUACUUCUAUUGAUGCUGACAUAUCUAGAUACACGGAGGUAACCAACAAAGUUUUGGAUGCGGAGACUAUGGUUACGACAAGAUUUCUGCAACUUGACUUCAGUCUGCUGAAGAAUGCGAUAGCUGCUCAUUGUAAAGAUUGGCAGUUACGUUUGAUCAAUCUACUGCUUUCGAUGACAACGGAUUCAUUGAAUGGAGUUUAUACGUAUAUGAAUGAUGUUAAAGAAAGAAUACUUCGACCACCUCAAAAUCUGAAUGAACUUGGUGAUUCUAUUCAUUUAUUAGAACAAAUAUUAUCUGAACAGAAUGAAAUACAAGCGAAAUUCGCACCAUUGGAAGAACAAUUUGCAAUUUUAGACAAAUGUGAAGUUACUUAUACGGAAGAUGUUUCUAGCCAUAGAACUAAUUUAUCCAGUGAUUGGGUACAAUUCCAAAGUACAUUAGCAGCAGCUGAAGUGAUGAUUAAAAAGUCGAAAGAGAAAUUCAAAUUUGGUUUACUUAGUGAUACAGAAGAUUUUAAACGUGCUGUAUCAAAUCUUUUACAAGACUUGCAAACAAAUGGACCGUAUGCAGCUUCUCUUUCACCUCAAAAUGCAUUAGACACUGUAAACGAUUUCCGUGGACAAUUGGAUAAUCUUAAACAUCAUGAGUUAGAAUUACGUCAUGGAUUGAAUUUGUUCAAAAUAGAACAACCACCUUGUAAAGAAAUUGCACUUGUUGAAAAGGAUUUAGAUGUUUUAAAUGCUAUUUGGACAACAAACUUAGAGUGGGAGAAUAAUUGGGAAAGUUGGAAGGUUGGACGUUUUUAUGAUUUGCAAACUAACGAUAUGGAAAAUCUGGCCAACGCUGCGUUUCGAAAAUUCACCAAGUGGUCACGUGAUCUGAAAGAAAGAAAUUGGGAAGUGAUUGAAGUUAGUAAAGCACGAGUUGACCAAUUUCGUCGUACUAUGCCAUUAAUUACAGAUUUACGUAAUCCAGCUAUGCGUCCAAGACAUUGGGAUCGUAUAAAAGAAGAAAUGAAUAAAAAAUUCGAUGUAAGUUCUGAUGAUUUCACAUUGGAACGAAUCAUUCAAUUGGGAUUUGAACAAUAUUCAGACUUAGUCAAUGAACUUUCAAGUGCAGCAACUAAAGAGUUAGCAAUUGAAAAAGCACUUGACGGUAUGGAACGUCUAUGGCAAAAUAAUGAGCUUGAUAUGAUACCCUAUAAAGAUAAAAAUACUUAUAAGAUUAGAUCUACCGAUGAAAUAUUUGAAGCCCUUGAGGAUAAUCAGGUUCAAUUAUCUACAAUGAAAACAUCACGAUUUGUUAAACCAUUUGAAUAUCUCGUCGAUGUAUGGGAGCGUCUACUGUCAUUAAUCACGGAGACCGUUGAAUAUUUAUUAACUGUACAAAGACAGUAUAUGUAUAUGGAAACUAUAUUUCUUGGUGAAGAUAUUCGUAAACAACUGCCAAAAGAAUCUGCAGAAUUUGAUAUGAUUAAUAAACAAUGGCAAUCAAUUACAGCAUUUUUAUAUGAAACACGUAAUACAAGGACAUGUGCAAGUAAACCAGGUUUAUUAGACCAAUUAACUAGACUUGUUCAAAGUUUAGAUGAAAUACAGCAAUCAUUAGAUAUGUAUUUGGAGACAAAACGUCAAAUAUUUCCACGAUUCUACUUUAUAUCGAAUGAUGAUCUAUUAGAAGUAUUAGGACAAGGCAGAAAUCCAGAAGCUGUUAUGCCGCAUCUAAAGAAAUGUUUUGAUAAUAUCAACGUUUUGAGAUUAGAAAAGACAAGUUUAGUCGCGUUUGAUGCUGUAUCAAUGUUUUCGUUAGAUGGGGAAGAAGUACAGUUUAAAAAUAAAGUCCGUAUUGAUGGUCCUGUAGAAUCAUGGCUAUGUGAUAUUGAAGAUCAAAUGUAUAAAACGUUAAGAGAUAUGUUAAAGGAGUGUAGACUGGCUUUGAAGAAGGCAGCUAGUAAACGUGAUAAAUUUAUUAAAGAAUGGCCAGGACAAUUAUGUAUCACAUCUAGCCAAAUUCAGUGGACAGCUGAUGUGACAAGAGCUUUACAAUUAGUAUCACACAAACAAGAUAAAAGGCCAUUAAAAACGCUAAGACAUAAACAAAAGAAUAUUUUGGAAAAAUUCUCAGAAGCAAUUCGUUCAAAUCUAACUAAAAUUCAACGUUUGAAAAUAAAUGCUCUAGCUGUUAUUGAAGUUCAUCAACGUGAUAUUAUUGAGAAGCUUUACAAAACUGGUUGCAGCGAUGUAAAUUCGUUUGAUUGGUUAAGUCAACUUCGAUUUUAUUGGGAGAAGGAUCCAGAUGACUGCUUUGUCCGUCAAACAAAUACAUCUUUUCGCUAUGGUUAUGAGUAUUUGGGUAAUUCAGGACGCUUAGUCAUCACACCUCUUACUGAUCGAUGCUAUAUUACAUUGACAACUGCGUUACAUUUACACAGAGGUGGUUCACCUAAAGGACCUGCUGGUACCGGUAAGACAGAGACAGUAAAAGAUUUAGGCAAAGCGCUUGGUGAUUAUGUUAUUGUUGUCAAUUGUUCAGAAGGCUUAGAUUAUAAAUCAAUGGGACGUAUGUUUGCAGGUCUCGCUCAAACUGGUGCAUGGGGAUGCUUUGACGAAUUCAAUCGUAUUAAUAUUGAAGUUCUAUCAGUGGUUGCUCAACAAAUUCUAUCAAUUCUCUCAGCAUUAGCAUUAGCUGACCAAACUGGCAAUCAGAAUUCUAAAACAAGAUUCAUGUUUGAAGGUCGAAUGAUUCAGCUAGUAUGGUCAUGUGGUAUAUUCAUCACAAUGAAUCCUGGUUAUGCUGGACGUACAGAAUUACCUGAUAACUUAAAAUCAAUGUUCAGACCAAUUGCAAUGGUUGUUCCAGACUCAACAAUGAUUGCAGAAAUCACAUUGUUUGCAGAAGGGUUUGGUUCUACAAAGGUUUUGGCGAAGAAAGUAUACACCUUAUACAAUUUAACAGUACAACAAUUAAGUAAACAGGAUCAUUAUGAUUUUGGUCUACGCGCUUUAGUGUCUGUACUACGUUAUGCCGGUAGAAAGAAACGCGCCAAUCCAAAUAUGCCAGAUGAAGAAUUAUUAUUGUUAUCACUGAAUGAUAUGAAUUUAGCUAAGCUAACGUCAGCUGAUUUACCGUUGUUCAAAGGAAUUAUAACUGAUUUAUUUCCAAAUAUUGAACCGCCUACAAUGGAUUACUCAAAGAUUAAAAAUGCUUUACAAACAGAAUGUGAUAAACUCAAUCUACGCAUGACACCAUUUACAUUGAACAAAGUGAUACAACUUUAUGAAACUAAAAGUUCUAGGCAUUCAGUUAUGAUCGUUGGUAAAACUUUGUCAGGCAAAUCAACAACGUGGCGUUUACUUAAAGCGGUUCAUAAUUCACUCGCCAAAGAAUCGAAUUCUGAAUAUGAACGUGUUACAGAAUAUCCAUUGAAUCCAAAGGCGUUAUCUUUGGGUGAAUUGUAUGGUGAAUUUGAUUUAUCUACAAAUGAAUGGACUGAUGGUGUACUCUCAAGUAUAAUGCGUCAGACAUGUGCAGAUGAUUCAACAUCAUUAAAAUGGAUCAUAUUUGAUGGACCAGUUGAUACUUUAUGGAUUGAAAGUAUGAACAGUGUAAUGGACGAUAAUAAAAUUUUAACUCUAAUCAACGGAGAAAGAAUUUCAAUGCCUGAACAGGUCUCCUUACUUUUCGAAGUGGAAGAUUUGUCUGUGGCCUCUCCGGCAACUGUAUCACGUUGUGGUAUGGUGUAUAAUGAUGUUAAUGAUUUAGGAUGGUGGCCUUUAGUUGAAUCAUGGUUAUCUAAAAAGAAAGAUAAGACACUAGUUGAACAAACAAGACGUUUUUUCACUAAAUACAUUGAUAAUCUCUACGAUCAUAUCAGAUUAAAUUGUAAUGUUGUCAUUUCAAUGAGUCUAGCUAAUACAAUUAUUUCACUGUGUAAACUGUAUGAUUGUCUGGCGACUCCUGAAGUUUGGGCAGAUCCCACUGACGUAGAUUACUACCCACGUUUAUUGGAAAUGACAUUUCAAUUCUGUAUGAUAUGGUCGGUUGCAUGUAUGGUUGAUGAAGAUGGUAGAAAAAAAGUUGAUGCAUAUAUUAGGGAAAUUGAAGGAAGCUUUCCUAAUAAGGAUUCGAUUUACGAAUAUUACGUAGAUCCUAAAUCAAGAUCGUGGGUACACUGGGAGGAAAAAUUAAAAUCUGGUUGGAAAUACUCACCAGACAUACCAUUUCACAAAAUACUUAUACCAACUGUAGACACAGUUCGAUACAACUUUCUUCUAGAUUGUACAGUGAAACAAAAAUAUCCUGCUUUACUUGUUGGAUCAGUUGGAACUGGGAAAACAUCACUGGCCUUAAAUCUUUUACGAAAUUUGGAUUCAACAGAAUGGACUAAUCUUACAAUUUAUAUAUCUGCACAAACAACUUCAAGUAAUGUCCAAGAUAUAAUUGAAGGUCGGGUAGAAAAGCGUACAAAAGAUACAUUUGUACCAGUCGGAGGUGGGAAAAUGCUUACUUUCAUGGAUGAGUUUAAUAUGCCAGCCAAAGAUAGUUCUGGUUCUCAGCCGCCAUUGGAAUUGAUUCGUCAAUGGCUUGAAUAUGGAUUUUGGUAUGAUCGUUUAAAGCAGACUAGAAAGAAAAUCAAAGGUAUGCAACUUAUGGUAGCAAUGGGUAUCCCAGGGGGUGGAAGAAUGGUAAUAUCUCGACGUCUUCAAGCACAUUUCCAUCAAAUUGUUGUCACAUUUCCAACGGAAGCAAAUCUCAAAAGAAUUUAUGGAACGAUGAUAAGUCAAAAAUUACAAGAAUUCGAAGAUGAAGUUAAGUCAAUGGCUGAAAAUUUAACUCAAGCCUCCAUUGAUUUAUACUAUUCAGUCGUGGCCAAAUUUCUACCGACUCCAACUAAAAUACACUAUUUAUUCAAUUUGAGAGAUAUUUCCAAGAUCUUUCAAGGUUUACUUCGAUCGAGUAAAAAUUACAUUGAUACUCGUAAUUCGAUGCUUCGUUUAUGGAUUCAUGAAGGAUUACGUGUAUUCUCUGACCGACUGGUAGAUGAUAAGGAUAGAACUACGUAUAUUGAUCUGGUUGGCGACUCACUGGCUAAUUACUUUGAUCAAACUUAUCAUAGUUUAUGUCCUGCUAAACAGUCUCCUAUAUUUGUGGAUUUCAUGAAUGCAGAAAAUGCAUAUGAGGAUGUUACAAAUUUAGACAGACUACGCAAAUUUAUGGCAGAAACCUUAGUAGAAUAUAAUGAAUCUCCUGGUAUGGUACGCGUAGACUUAGUAAUGUUCCGUGAUGCAAUAGAACAUACAUGCAAAAUAGUUCGCGUAAUCAAUCAACCACGAGGUAAUAUGCUGCUUAUCGGGAUUGGAGGUAGUGGUCGACAAAGUUUAAGUCGCUUAGCAGCAUAUAUAUGCGAAUUUAAAACAUUUCAAGUUGAAGUUACAAAACAUUAUCGCAAACAAGAAUUUCGAGAAGAUCUUAAGAAAAUGUACUUUCAAGCUGGUGUUGAAAAUAAACCUACAGUGUUUUUAUUUACUGAUGCACAAGUGUUAGAUGAAUCAUUUUUAGAAGAUAUUAAUAAUAUGUUAAGUUCAGGUGAAGUACCAAUUUUAUAUAAACCAGAGGAAUUUGAAGAAGUUCGACAAGAAUUAGUUGAAGCUGCUAAACGUGAUGGUGUUGAUGAAUCGACUCAAUCAAUAUUCCGUUUCUUCAUCGAAAGAGUUCGAGCUAAUCUGCAUAUUGUUUUGUGUAUGAGUCCCAUUGGUGAACCAUUCCGUCAUCGUAUUCGAAAGUUUCCAGCAUUUGUCAAUUGUACUACAAUCGAUUGGUUCAGUGAAUGGCCACUCGAAGCUUUAUUAGAAGUGGCUGAGAAAUAUUUGGCUUCGAUUGAUAUCAAUAUUAAUGAAUCAGAUCCUCAAAUGCUUGUGAAGAAACAGGCCAAAAUGAAGAUAAGUGCGGCAAAGAUAUUCGCUAAUAUGCAUCGAUCAGUCACUGAUAUGGCAGUGGUUAUGCUAGCCGAAAUGAAACGCCAUAACUACAUUACGCCAACUAAUUAUUUAGAACUAGUAUCUGGCUAUAAAUUUCUUCUUUAUCAAAAGCGCCAAGAAUUAAGUGAUAAAGCCAAUAAAUUAACAAAUGGUCUGGAUAAAAUUGAUGAGACGCGCAAAAAGGUUGAAGUAAUGUCUGUGGAAUUAGAAGAGGCUCGUAAGAAGGUUUCCGCUUUUCAGAAAGAAUGUGAUGAUUACUUGGUGGUCAUUGUUCAACAAAAACGUGAAGCUGAUGAACAAGCUAAGUCUGUUAUGCAAACUCAAGAAAAAAUCAAGGUAGAUGAAGCUAAAUGUUUACAUAUGGCUGAAUUGGCUCAAGCUGAUUUAGCACAAGCUAUGCCAGCUCUAGAAGCAGCUGUACAAGCAUUGGAAUCAUUAAAUAAAAAGGAUAUUACAGAAAUUAAAUCCUAUGGAAAGCCACCUCUUCUAGUACAAAAGGUCAUGGAAGCUGUCAUGAUUCUUCGAGGAGUGGACCCAAGUUGGGCUGAAUCGAAACGACAGCUAGGUGAACAAGAUUUCAUUAAACAGUUGAUAAACUUUGACAAAGAUAAUAUCGGUGAUAAAACAUUGAAGAAAAUUGGCCAAUACUGUGCUCAAGACGAUUUUCAUCCUGAUGUAGUCGGUAAAGUUUCAAGUGCGGCUAAAUCAUUAUGCAUGUGGGUACGAGCAAUGGAUGUUUACGGUCGUGUUUACAGAAUCGUUGAACCAAAACGCCAAAGACUACAACAAGCUGAAGAAGUUCUACGCGAGAAGCGAGCACAACUAGCAGCUGCUCAAGCUAAACUUGACGAAGUGAAUGCUGAAAUGCGUCGACUUCAACAAGAGUAUAAUGAAAAGAUGGAACAGAAAGAGGAACUACGUAGAAAGGCCGAACAUACAGAGAAAAUGUUAGAUAGAGCUAGUAAACUGGUUAGUGGUUUAGCUGGUGAAAAAAUAAGAUGGGAAGCAAGUGUUGCCGACUUACUACAACGUAUUGAACUACUACCUGGUGAUUGUUUAUUAGCUGCAGCCUUCUUAUCAUAUAUGGGUCCAUUUUUAAGUGAAUAUCGUGAGAAAUUAGUGAAAAAUUGGUUAGGAUUAAUUAGAAGUGAAAAUGUGCCUGUUACAGAUCCAUUUGUGUUUACAGAAUUUUUAGCUGAUCCAACUCAAGUUAGAGAAUGGAAUAUACAGGGUUUACCACGUGAUACUUUUUCAGUUGAAAACGGUGUCGUUGUAACACGUGGCAAUAGAUGGCCAUUAAUGAUUGAUCCGCAAAAUCAAGCAUUAAAAUGGAUAAAAUCAAUGGAAGGAAAAGAAUUACGCCUUAUCGACUUACAAACACCAGAUUAUAUGCGUACACUAGAAAUUGCAGUGCUCUAUGGUCAACCAGUACUACUACAGAAUGUUCAUGAACAAUUAGAUCAAGCUCUAGAUCCUUUAUUAACAAAAUCUUUAAUUAAAGUCGGUGGAACAUUGAUUAUGAAAUUAGGGGACAAAGAAAUUGAAUAUAAUGAUAAAUUCAGAUUUUAUAUCACCACAAAAUUGCCAAAUCCACACUAUACACCAGAAAUCUGCUCUAAAGCGUUAAUUGUAAAUUUUGCAGUCAAACAACAAGGCUUAGAAGCUCAACUACUUGGAAUUGUAGUACGUAAAGAACGUCCUGAAUUAGAAGAACAAAAGGAUAAUUUAGUUAUGGGAAUUGCUGCUGGUAAACGUAAACUUACUGAAUUGGAGGAUGAAAUAUUGAGGUUAUUAAAUGAAGCUCAAGGUUCAUUAUUAGAUGAUGAACAACUUGUAAAUACCCUGCAAACAUCGAAAGUUACUUCAUCUGAAGUUACUGAACAAUUACGUAUAGCUGAAAAAACAGAAGUACAAAUUGAUAAAGCUCGUGAAGGCUAUCGUCCAUGUGCUCAACGCUCUUCUAUACUCUUCUUUGUACUGAAUGAUAUGAGUCGUAUAGAUCCAAUGUACCAAUUUUCCCUAGAAGCCUAUAUUGAUUUAUUUACCUUGAGUAUUGAUAAAAGUCAAAGAUCAGCGAAACUAGAUGAUCGUAUAUUACACUUGAAUGAUUAUCACACAUAUGCUGUAUAUCGUUAUACAUGUCGGGGUCUAUUUGAACGACAUAAACUGCUGUUUUCAUUUCAUAUUUGCUUACAAAUACUUGAAGCAGCUGAUCGUGAAAAUCAAUUUGAUAAUCCAUGCUCAAUAUGGUUAACAGAGCAAUGUUGGGAUAAUAUUACAGAAUUAGAUAAACUAGCUAGUUUUCAUGGUAUUGUUACAUCAUUUGAACAGUAUUCAAGGGAUUGGAAUUUAUGGUAUACAGCAGCUGAACCAGAGAAUAGUCCAUUACCAGGUGAAUGGGAUAAUACAUUGAAUGAAUUUCAACGUAUGCUUAUUGUACGUUCAUUGAGACCAGAUCGGGUAUCAUUUUGUGCAACAAGUUUCAUUGUUGAUAAUUUAGGCAGUCGAUUUAUUGAACCACCUGUACUAGAUAUGAAACAGGUGGUUGAUGACAGUACCACUAGAACACCAUUAAUUUUUGUAUUAUCACCUGGUGUGGAUCCUACAGCUGGACUUUUACAAUUAGCUGAUAAUUGUGGAAUGAGUAAAAAAUUUCAUGCUCUAUCAUUGGGUCAAGGUCAAUCACCAAUUGCAACACGAUUAAUUAAGGAAGGUAUAAAAGAAGGCAAUUGGGUAUUUUUGGCUAAUUGUCAUCUUUCAUUGUCAUGGAUGCCUGCAUUGGAUAAGAUUGUUGAACAGUUAGGUGUAGAAGAAGCACACUCCGAUUUUCGUUUAUGGCUUUCAUCGAGUCCCAGUCCAUCAUUUCCUAUUUCAAUUCUACAAGCUGGUGUUAAAAUGACUACUGAACCACCUAAAGGAUUACGUUCAAACAUGAAACGACUUUAUCAUCUUAUAAAGGAGGAUCAAUUUUCUGCAUGUCAAAAACCUGAAAAUAUAAAAAACUCUUAUUUUCAUUACUUUGAAGUAUCUGAACACUUGCUGACAAAUUAUUUAGAACAAUAUGAUGAAACUGCAUGGGAUGCAUUACGUUACUUAAUAGCAGAUAUUAAUUAUGGUGGUCAUGUAACAGAUGACUGGGAUCGUCGAUUAUUAAAUACAUAUAUCAGUGAUUAUUUCAAAGAUGAAGUACUCAAGGAACCAUUCUAUAAGUUAUCUUCAUUACCAUAUUAUUAUAUACCAAGAGACGGUACGUUAAAUGCUUAUCGAGAAUUUGUCUCUCUGUUACCACAAAUUGAUCACCCUGAAGCAUUUGGUCAACAUCCGAAUGCAGAUAUUACUUCCCAAAUUCAAGAGACAAGAGUUUUAUUAGAUACACUGCUUUCAUUACAACCUCAGACAACACAAAGUACUGGAGUUUCACGUGAAGAAAAAGUUCUUGAGUUGAUUGACAACCUACAAAAGCAGUUACCUGAAGAUAUUGAUUAUGAAGGGACUGUGAAAAUAUUCGCAACAGACCAUUCACCAUUAGUAGUUGUCCUAUUACAAGAAAUACACCGUUAUAAUCAUCUUCUUGGUUUGAUACGUAAUCAACUGACAGAUUUAAACAAAGGAAUUCAAGGUCUAGUCAUCAUGUCUUCUGAGCUUGAGGAGAUAUUCACUUCAAUUUUCGAUGGACAUGUUCCAAAGCAAUGGAGUAAGACAUAUUCUUCACUGAAACCUUUGGGUUCCUGGUCUAGAGAUUUAGCGGCACGUGUUGAGUUAUUUUCAAAAUGGGCUGGUACAGCACAUCCACCAAAAUUAUUCUGGAUUGGUGCAUUCACUUUUCCAACGGGAUUUCUUACAGCUGUUCUUCAAACAGCAGCAAGAAAGAAUAAUAUCUCUGUGGAUAGUUUAAGCUGGGAAUUUACUGUACUUACUACAAGUGAUACAAAUGUAUUGGUUUCACCAAAAGAUGGUGUAUAUAUUAGUAAUUUAUACCUACAAGGUGCUGGAUGGGAUCGAAAAAAUCAAUGUUUAAUUGAAGCUGCACCAAUGCAAUUAGUUUGUCCAAUGCCUGGUGUACACUUCAAGCCAGUGGAGAAUAAAAAGAAAUCAUCUAAAAAUGUCUACGUAGCCCCAUGCUACUAUUAUCCAAAUCGAGCUGGUACAUCAGAAAAGCCUUCAUUCAUGAUUGGAGUUGAGUUGAAAACUGGCGAGAAACCACCUGAACAUUGGACGAAACGAAGCACUGCACUCUUAAUGAGCCUGGAUGUUUAA